AUGAGACUAACAGUUAAGAAAUUGCUACUAUCAUUUUUGACAUUAUUAUUAUUGACAAUUACAUAUUUAUUGCUACAAUCUUCAUUUUCACUAGACCAAUUACGAAGAUUAUAUUAUUCAUUUGAAAACUAUGACCUUGAAAAGUUGAAAUCUGACUCUUUAGAAAUCAGAAAGAAGUUACAUUAUACCAACUAUAUUUACAGUGGGUACAAUAAUUUCACAUCACAUUAUAAUCAUAAUCUAGAUAAAAUAAAAUCCAUACCUUUAAAUGAAAAAUGUCAUACUUUUUAUAGUCAGUUGCUUGAAUCUGAUCCACAAUUCAAAUUUAAAGCGUUUAAUUCAGUCGGUGAAAGAUUGGAUAAAUCUUCAGAUCGAAAAGAAAUGUUUUUCAAAAAUGAAUUGAAUACUUUGAAAAAUGAACAUCGCAAGGGUCAUCCGGAUAAAGAGUUUAUACCGACAUUAGGAAUGAAUAGAACGAUAGAAUCCAAAUAUUAUGCAAAUUUAUCAAAAACACAAAGAGUUAUACAAUCAAUGGCUGAUACAGCAACUAUCAUUAGAGUAUUUGGUAAAUGUUUUUUAAAUAAUGAUAAAAUUGAUGAUUCUUUAAACAAACUAAGCUUGGAAUUUAGUAAAAGAUUAUUUCCGUUUAUAACUAAUUCAAUACCUGUAUUUAGAAAAGCUGGUACUACUCAAGAAAACGGUUGGCCAGUGGUUAAAAAUGAUGAAAUAGAUUAUAAAACUCAAAAUUCAGAUGAAUCAAUCAUGUUUUUCAGGGACAAUAGUAAAGGCAAAGGUAUUGUAAUAUCAGCAACUUCAAGACAUGCGAAAGAUUUACAAAGAUUAAUACGUAUAUUAAGAGCUUUAAAUAAUCAAUUACCAAUUCAAAUAAUUUUUAAAAAUGAUAUCAAUAAACGAAAUAUGGAAUUAUUAGAAGCAGCAGCAGUUGCGGAUGUUGAAAAUGUAUUAGAUCAAACAACUUCACCAAAUGAACAUCAAAAUCAUUUACCAGAAUUAAAUUUAUUACAAGAAUAUAAAAAUUAUGGAUCUGAUUUCCCCAAACAAGAUUUAACAUUCGUUAAUAUAGUAUCUUGUUUAGAAAGAGGUUAUAAAUAUUCUUUUCCAGGUUAUUCAAAUAAAGUACUUGCAUUAUUAUUUUCAAGUUUUGAAGAAAUAAUUUUAUUAGAUGCUGAUACUAUACCAUUAGUCCCUCCAUCUGAAUUUUUUGAAUCAAAUGAAUAUCAAAAAUCAGGUACAUAUUUUUUUCAAGAUAGAUCAUUACGUGAUAAUAAUGAUUUUAUGGAGACUAAUUUUUUCAGUAAUUUAUUCCCAACAAAUGAAAAAUCAAUUGAAACUUUAUUUAAUAUCCCUCAAGUAACUUCAAAAACAAUGAAUAAUAAAUAUAUGACAGGUUGGAGACAUUUUCAAGAAGCUGGAGUAGUUGUAUUUAAUAAAAAACAACAUUUUCUUGGAUUAUUAAUGAUGUUUCCAUUAAGUUUAUGGGCUGAACCUGUUCAUUCUUCAAUUUGGGGUGAUAAAGAAAUGUAUUGGUUAGGUUUAUCAAUGGCAGGUGAUGAAAAUUAUGAAUUUAAUUCAAAUGCAGCUGCUUCAAUUGGUGAAAAUACAAUAUUACAAAAUCGAAAAUAUUAUCCAAAUUCAAAAUCAAAUGAAGUUUGUUCUACUCAUCCUGGUCAUGUAAAUUCGGAAGGUAAAUUGUUGUGGAUAAAUUCAGGUUUUAGUUACUGUAAAAAAAAUGGAUAUUUUAGAGAUAGAGUAAAAUAUCCAUUUUCGACUUUUGAAAAUAAAGAAUUAAUAAGUUUAUUUCAAUCUCCAUUACAAAUUAAAGCUGCUUUGAUACCACCUGAUCUACCAAAUUAUAGAGAACCAAAUCUGCCAAUUGAUUUUACAACAGAAUUGGAAAUUAAAAAAUCUUGGAAAUCUAGAAAGAAAGAUACUGAUGAAAUUAAUAAUGAUUUAAAAACAGGUGAAAAAAGAAAAGAAUUUAUAGAAGAUUAUGGACCUCAAAAGGGUUGGGUUAAGAAUCCAAUUUGUUUUGGUUAUAUGUAUUGUGCUUAUGAUAAUAUUGAAAGUUAUGAUUCAAAUAAAGAAUUUGAUACUGGAAAAUUUUAUGAAUUUAAUGAAGAUGAAAGACGAAAAUUUAAUUAUCUUGCAAAAAUUUGGCAUACUGGAGGUUCAAGAACUUUACCAAAGAAAAAGCAAUAG